CUAGCAAUCAGUCUUUGAAACAUUUGCUAUUACCAUAUCCCUUGAAGUUAAGCAAUAACUAUGAAGCUCUUCUCUUCUAUCCUCCAGGGCAUCACUAUCUUCGCCGCCUUCGCAUCGGCGAUCCCACUGUCUGCCCACUCAGCAGACGACGGCUCGAUCAGAAUUCCCGUGAAGGGCGUUCCAGAGCCUGAGAAACGGGAUGACGGUGCGAUCCGCAUUCCGGUAAAAGGUGUCCCUGAGCCCGAGAAGCGGGAUGAUGGAGCUAUCAGAAUCCCAGUGAAAGGUGUUCCCCAACCACCUGCUGAGGAAUAGGAAGUUCUGACUACAAAAAGACGCGGUUUGGGUUUGUUGAGAAUGGGGCUUUCGGUCUAAAUUUUAAUUUGAAAUACGGGAUUGAGAAGGAUUAGCUGCACGACGCUACCUUUAAAAACAUGCUGAUGUGUUAGCAAGGGUACAGAUAAAAACACAACGUUAAAUAUUCUUCUUCGAUUCCGUUCAGUGGGGUAACAGAGUGAACCAUAGCUAUCAGUAAGGAAAUAAUAUGGCGAGAACAACUGUAGUCUAGUCUCAAAGCAAGCAAGAAAAAUUGACUGUAUGGAUAGCCAGGAAGUACUUGGUGAUAUCCACUUAUGAGAGUGAGA